GCAAAUUUCUGGAGAUGUGUGAUGAUCUCUUGGCUCGGGUGGAGCCACCACUUCGCAGUGUCUUAGAACAAGCCAAGUUAAAGAAAGAAGACAUUUAUGCAGUAGAGAUUGUUGGUGGUGCCACACGAAUCCCUGCAGUGAAAGAGAAGAUCAGUAAAUUUUUUGGUAAAGAGCUUAGUACAACAUUAAAUGCUGAUGAAGCGGUCACUCGAGGCUGUGCACUGCAGUGUGCAAUCUUAUCGCCUGCUUUCAAAGUCAGAGAAUUUUCUAUCACCGAUGUGGUAGCAUAUCCAAUAUCGCUGAGAUGGAAUUCACCAGCUGAAGAAGGAUCAAGUGAUUGUGAAGUCUUCCCAAAAAAUCAUGCUGCUCCUUUCUCUAAAGUUCUCACAUUUUAUAGAAAGGAGCCUUUCACUCUUGAGGCUUAUUACAGCUCUCCUCAGGAUUUGCCCUAUCCAGACCCUGCUAUAGCUCAGUUUUCAGUUCAGAAAGUCACUCCCCAGUCUGAUGGCUCCAGUUCAAAAGUGAAAGUCAAGGUUCGAGUAAAUGUUCAUGGCAUUUUCAGUGUGUCCAGUGCAUCCCUAGUGGAAGUGCACAAGUCUGAGGAAAAUGAGGAACCUAUGGAAACUGAUCAAAAUGCAAAGGAGGAAGAGAAGAUGCAAGUGGACCAGGAAGAACCACAUGUGGAAGAGCAACAGCAGCAGACACCAGCAGAAAAUAAGGCAGAGUCCGAAGAAAUGGAGACUUCUCAAGCUGGAUCAAAAGACAAAAAGACGGACCAACCCCCUCAAGCCAAGAAGGCAAAAGUGAAGACCAGUACUGUGGACCUGCCAAUUGAGAAUCAGCUAUUGUGGCAGAUAGACCGAGAGAUGCUCAACUUGUACAUUGAAAAUGAGGGUAAGAUGAUCAUGCAGGACAAACUGGAGAAGGAGCGUAAUGAUGCCAAAAACGCCGUGGAAGAAUAUGUGUACGAAAUGAGAGACAAGCUUGGUGGUGAAUAUGAGAAGUUUGUGAGUGAAGAUGAUCGUAACAGUUUUACCUUGAAAUUAGAAGAUACUGAAAAUUGGUUGUAUGAAGAUGGAGAAGACCAGCCAAAGCAAGUUUAUGUAGAUAAAUUGACAGAGUUAAAAAAUUUAGGCCAACCCAUUAAGACACGGUUUCAGGAAUCUGAAGAAAGACCAAAAUUAUUUGAAGAACUAGGCAAACAAAUCCAACAGUAUAUGAAAGUAAUCAGCUCUUUCAAAAACAAGGAGGACCAGUACGACCAUUUGGAUGCUGCCGAUGUAGCGAAGGUAGAGAAAAGCACGAACGAGGCAAUGGAGUGGAUGAACACCAGGCUGAAUUUACAGAACAAGCAGAGUCUGACUGUGGAUCCCGUUGUAAAGACAAAAGAGAUUGAAGCUAAAAUUAAGGAGCUGACAAGUAUUUGUAGUCCUAUAGUUUCAAAGCCCAAACCCAAAGUGGAACCUCCGAAAGAGGAGCAGAAAAAUACUGAGCAGAAUGGACCAGUGGACGGACAAGGAGACCUCGACCCCGGCUCUCGGGCCACGGAGCAGGGUGCAGACACGGCUGUGCCUUCAGACACGGACAAGAAGCUUCCUGAGAUGGACAUUGAUUGAUUGAUUGAUUCCAACACUUGUUUAUAUUAAAACAGACUAUUAUAAAGCUUUAAGUUGUCAACUUUGUUCUAAAUAUCAACUAGAGCAAGCAAAUACUGGAGAUUUCUUAGUCAGUUUUUAGGGGAUCUUGGGGGGGCGGGGGAUAUAGGUAAUGUAUGGAGCAUUUUGACUUCUAAAUAGUUAGGUACAGAAAUUAUAAGUGCAUUGUAUCUCUUCAUAAUGGUACUAUUUAGAAGCCCAGUUAGUGUUACUGAGCUUACGCUUCACUCCUUUUUUUUGUUUAAUCAUGCUUCUAGAAGAAUGUUUGUUUUGGAAAGCUGAGCUUUAGCAACAGCUAUGACUAGCUACCAAGAAGGCUCUUUUGCAUUAUUACUUAAAUGGCAAGGAGCUCGAUUUAUGCUUCUAAAAUCAAUUGUAGAGAUUAUCACCAAGGUUGUGUGCUUGGUGUGGGCUGGGGUAGGGGCUCCUUCUCUCUCAGGGCCAGAGCUCGGCCUGGAAUGUGUUAACAUAGGAGAGGAUCCCAGACAUCCUCAAGCUUCACCCCCAGCCCUCCCCCCUACCCCCUCCUCUUCGGGAAGGAGCUCCCAGUAAAUGCCAUGUGCUAUUCUUAGAAAUACCCUCUUCCCUCAGAGCAAGUUAUAAACUUGAGUUUAGACUUGGAGACACUUCUUGAAAGUGUAUUCAUGAAGACCCCAAGCGUUAAAGCGAGCUAAUUUCCUCAGUUCAGAUUAAAUACUGUCCCAUAUGGGCAUGGCAAGUCUGAGGAAAUGAUUGAUCCUUGUUCCAUUAUGGUAUAAGGAUUUGGAUCCCGGCCUGUUUGUUCAGGUGGCAGAUGUUCUGUGUAAAUUCAGCCCAAACCCCUGGGAUAAGAAUUAAAAGUGCUUUCUUAGGCUCAUUCAUGAUUACUUUUAUGUUUAAGUGUUAAUAUCUGUCAUGAACCUGCCAAUUUGUAUUUGUUCAACAGCUGACAGAUGAUGAGAAACCUCAGAUACACUGGAUUGUAUGGGAAGAGUCCUAGAUUAGCGUUGGGAACAUGGAGCCCGGCAUUGCAGCGACACCACAUUUCUUAAUGUGCAGCCAUACGGAUCAGGUGUGCCCAAGUGUUCCUCGGUGCCCUUUGGGGGGCACAAGGGUAGGGAGGGGUGUUUUAGAAACGUCAAGGGGAGCCUGUAUUAAAGGCCAAAGUUGGUUACUUGCCUUAGCAACUGUUACUAUAAAAUAAGUUUCGUUGGUUAUGUUUCAGAUCUUUGUAACAACUGGUAAUCUGUGUAACAGAGCGUCUCUGUGAGUACUGGCCUGUGUUGGAAAUAAGCUUAUACUGUGCAUAGCUAGAAUGUGUUUUCUGUCCAUACAGGAAGUGUCUAGAAUGUUACCGCCCUUAGGCGCUACAGAGACAACUGUACAGAGGGGAGAGGCUGCCGGUGGAGGCCUUCUCCCCUCUCCCCCCCUCCACAGGACUCGAGCCCUGGGCCUCCAGCAUCCUCUUUUUUUCCUUUCCUGGGUGUGCUUCAGGAGGGAACUUCAGCUGGCCUGCCGUGAGGCCAGUAGCCCCUCAAAGUGCUGGCUGCGGGAUUAAGCCAACUCUUAUGCAACUGACUCAGUCCUUAAUGGCCAUUUCUUCUAAACAUUGUGUGUGUGUGUGUGUUGCGGGGAAGGGUUUGGGUGUCGGGUUGGGGGUGGAUUGGAAAGUUAAAAACUAGAGAUAAAAUAAAAUGUGGUCUGCGUGCCCUCUGUAUAGACAGGCUGUAAGACCAGCUAAAUUUCCAUGGAGCAGGCCAGAGACUGGGUAUUGAUAACUUGUGUGCAAACAAGUAUUUAUCCAGGUUGCGUUAUCCAAAUUGGUUUGUUAAAACUCCAAGUCACAUUCUUACACUAAAGAAAAAUACUCAGUAAACAUGAGACAAGUUUAGGAAAAACUAAUAAAAAGAAACCUGUUUUAAAUGCA